GGCGUCUCUGCUACUUCCUGUGUGUGGACGGCGCCUCUGAUCAUGUGACGUUCUGUAGCCGGAGGUACAGUGCCCGCAAAGGUCAAAACUAAAGAACGAGAAGAAAAUCGCGUUUCUGAUCUGCCUUGAGGAUGUCUUCUCACGUCUCCCAGGUGAGAUCUCUGUACAAGAAGAUCCUCCUGCUGCACCGGACGUUACCGCUGCACCUGCGAGCGCUGGGAGAUCAGUAUGUGAAGGACGAGUUCAGGAGACACAAGGACGUUGGUCGCGCUGAAGCCAAGCUCUUCAUGAAGGAAUGGGAGGACUAUGCAGCGAUGCUAUGGGAGCAAGCCAAACAAGGAAUCGAGCAUUCAGAGGCCAAAGGACACUACGGCGCUCCUCUGACAGAAAAUAAGCUGGACUACUUCAACGAGGAGCAGAUCGGACAGCUACAUGAACUUAUGCGAGAAACCACAAAACCUAAAAGGCAGUUUGAUGUAGUUGAAGAUGACGGGCAGAAACGAUAGGAAUUCUAUGGCAAGGAUUCACCGGACACAUGUUAUCUUUAUAAUAUCAUUAUGAGGUUUGCUCUUCUCAAUACUUGGAGACAACGAUAAUAAAGUGUAAUUUAGCCUGCCGAUUAUUAACACCUUCAGGACCCUGCCAUUUUUCACCUUCAGGACCAGGCCAUUUAUUGCAAAUCUGAUGUGUGUCACUUUAUGCGGUGAUAACUAUAAAACGCUUUUACUUA